GUUUUGCAAAUUCUAUCAGUGUCUGCCUUUUCCUCCGUUAUUACAUAUUAAAUUUAUAAAAAAAAUGACUAGCAAGAAAAAGUCAAACAAAUUGUCGAAUGCAACGGACAACACUGCUACAGUAGUAUGGACAAAGGCAGAGAAAUGUGCUCUUUUGAAAUCUUUGAAAAAAUACGGUCAUAAGGACAUUUCAAAAAUUGCAGAGACAAUACCAAGUAAGUCACAAAGUGACAUAAAAAUUUUAAUUGAUAAAUUUACAAAGCAAGCCCGUUGUAAGAAACAUAUAAAAACUGAAUCACCAAUUGAUAACUGGUUAGCAAGUGGUAUGUUUCCUGAUACUGAUACUCUUAUACCUGAAGCAUUGUUGUUUAUACAGUUGUAUGAGAAACAUCCACCAGAAGAGCAAACUGGGGGAUGUAAUUUAAGGGAAGUAUACAACUUUUUGUAUAGGAUGGUGCUUGGACAACCCACCGUUGGUAUCUCUCCUGAAGUAGAAAAGACUGUAUAUUAUUUAAUAUCAAAUAUUACUAGAGAAGUAUGGCCUGCCUCUCGGACUGAAAUCUUAAAUGAAAUUGCUAAACUACCUGCUAAACAAAAAUGUUUAAAAGUGUAUCCUGGUAAAAAAAUGUAUUUUUAAUGUUAUGUUAUACUAAUAGAUGUAUUUAUUUAUAUUUUUUUAUCUAAGGUUGUUAAAAAAAUGUUUUUGAAUAGGAAUCUGUUAAGUAAAAGACAAGUUAUUCAGUGGAUAAGCAUGUCGGUGAUAUCCAUUUGUAAAGUCUUCUUGUAUUUAUAUGAAGGCAUUAAAGAACAUGAAAGAUUACAUGAUAAAAUGUUGAGUAAAGAAAUAGAUAUGUAUUCUUAAUGUAUAAUUAAUAUGUAUCCAAACUAUUACAUCUACAGUGAUAUGAAUAUGCAAUAUAACAGUAAACUAAAUGUACAAAGAA